UCCGCUUUUCUGGUUGUGAGCCUGGGCUGCUUGUGUUUCGUAUCACGUUUCACAACUCGCUGCGGAGCUUGCAUGUUCCUUGGUACACUGCCUCUCCGUAGCCACUAGCCAUAGCCCGAUGUCUUCAAAACAUGAUUUUCGCCUGAAAUGUUUUCCUCAGAUUUUUCUGUUGGAAAUUUUAUUUUGCUUUUCUCUGCAAAUCUAUGAGCUGCGAAAAAUUAGGGGUGGUCAAUAACUAAGAGCGGCUUGUGCGGGCGGAUUAUUACGUUACUCGUCGUAAACGUGCAUCACGGUUCACGCUUAAGCACUCGCACACUUCACAACUCGCACGCAAAGUAAUCACGGCUGGAACAGUCCUCUUCUUUCAGCUACUUUAUUUCCUUCGCAGAUUUCAAUUGGUCUGUUUCUUCUCCCCUAAUGGUUUCAUAUAAACCUGGAUAUGUUAGUUCCGAUAAAAUCAGCGACUUUAUUAAUUUUCUGUCUUAAAGAAUUACAUUUCAAUUCAACAUUAGUAGGAUUUUCUCCUCGAAAACAGACUAGAUGCACCGGACAACACUCAGCUGGAUUUGCAAAUACAGUGCGUUAGGAGAAAAAACGAGAAAAUGAAAGUGUUAGAAUUUAUAAUCAAAUGAGAGUGGAGUAAAUCGUGAUACCAAGGCUGCGAAAUCAUCCUCCUCUUGUCUUUAGCAUGAAUUGAGUUGUCGACAACUUGUGACACUUCCUUUCCGAAAUCUCUUGUCGUUGCCGGAAACGUCUAUUAAUUUGCAUCCUUGGGUACAGUCUACUAUCUUUGAAGAACGGACAUUUGUCGCCCAGUAUGUUUGUGAUUCAGCGUGUAACUUCCAAAUUUCAUAUCAAAUUCAUUAAAGACAAAACCGAACACUGAACUGAACUUGGUUGAACUGACUUUCAAUGUUUGGGCAACAAGGACUGACCGCGGACAGUGAUAAAGUGAAAAAAAAAAAAAAAAAUCACCUCUAAGGAUUUAAUUGUUGUAAGUUAAACCGUUCGAUCUAGAAAUGGUUUAUAAUUUUCGAAUGGCAAAUCAUCAAAUUUCGUAUUAUAGCCAACUAGUGCCUUCAGUAAGAGUUCACAAACUCAAUCUGAAUCUCUAGAUUUCUUGCGAGUAAUAUUCGGAGCAUUUUAUCGCGGUUUGGAUUUUUAAUUUUUUUUCUUGUGGUUCAGGAAUGUUGACGUUUCCGCUCGAUACGGAUUCAGAAUGCAGCUUUUCGACAGCAAUGUUCACAAAACGAUAAACAGAAGUAAAGCAAUAUUGAAUUGAAAGGAAACAGCGACUUGGAAAAAACAUUACGAUAUCCGGGAGUAGAAUGUAUUUCAGUAUCAGUAGUGUCAAAUUAUCCACCCCUUGAAAAAUCGGAUCUUAUACCUACCUAGAGCCUUUUUGAAAUUACGUCUAGUCGUUUUCUUAGAUGUGAGAUAAAAAAUCUAUCUAUACGAUUUAAAAUUUUUGAUAAGAAAUUUAUAAUAAUUUCUUACGAAUCUUGUCUUCUUUUGCUGUGAAAUUACCUGAGUUCGUUCCGCGCAAUAAGGCUUUUGUUGCUAGCCAGGAUGUCUUAACUUUGAUGUUAAUGGUGACAUCGUAUUUAAUAUUUCACGCUGCUUUUUAAGCUAUUUGCGUAAAAUGCCAUCGAUAAAACCACUCAACGAUAAAAUGGAAACUUUGCCGGACAAUUUUGUUAAUCAACGUUUUGUUCUUUGACGCCUACAUGGAGGAUGUUUUAUUUUCCCGCCUUCAAUAUUAAUCUCGUCUUUUUCGGAAAGUCGUUGUUGACCUUGUUGACUCCCUAAAAUCAACUUGCCACUGUAUUGCAGACAAAUCUGAAACCUUGCAAGCAUGUUUCGUUCAAAAAGGCAUCGGUUCACUCAAGAAAAUUCCCGAAAAAAAUUGGUUAAAGCCCACAAAACCAACAUUGUCAUAUCGAACUAAUUUAUAUUGGGUUCUGAGGUUAGAUGUGUCAGCGGGAAUUCCGUAACAAAACACACCGCUAAAAAUUGUUAUGGUUUCUGGUCAGCAAGCUGUUUUCCAAGCAAUACUUAUUAUACUACAGACCCUCAGAGUUUUGUCAAGCUGAUGAUGUUUGAUAUUAGUCAUGUAAAACCGUGUAGUUGAAAUAUUCCUUCACUGGGGCGCCACUGAAAGUGCCUCAGUGACGAUUGCCUUCGAAAUGGCUUCCUUUCGCCUUCUUUUAUUCAAAUGUCUAAGGAUAAUUAUCGUUGCUACUCCAUUUAGCGUAUCACGAUCCACCUGAUUCACUCGACCACGAAAACAUGUUAAAAUUUUUCUUGAAAAUGUUUCAAUUGUGAGCAAAACUAUCACGUUGCUGCCUUACUUUUCUUCAUCUCGUACAAUACAGAUCAUUCAUUUAGCGUUUGAAAAGAAUCCAUGAAUUGUUGACUAUUUUUAGCUGAAAAGAUCAUGAAAUUUUGGAUUAGGAAACAGCUGUUUGAGAAAAAAUUGAUGUGUAUUUCAUCUUCGCGAGAAAGGUUUCGAUAUUUUCGAUGGGUCUUAUUACAGAUAAUCUGGUUUUAGCCCUUCUAACAUUGUGAUUCCUCAAGAUUUAGAAUUCAGUUCUUUGGUGUUCAAGAAAAGGAUAUAAAAUACGUGAAAGUAUUGCUGACAUAGGAAAUUAAGAAAAGGAGUGAAAACGAAAAAAAAUUUAGGGGAAAAACUGAUAAACUGGUGAGUUGAAAGAAAAACUAAUCAAAACUGACUUUGAUUACGUAUUUAAUCUUUUUCUUCUCUGUAUCCAUUCUUUUUCUUUAUCCAAACGGGAUGCGACUGGCGAAUGAAAAUGGCCAACGAAAAAUGUGUAAAAAUUUCGGGGGUUUUUUGAUCGUUCGGUCUUCUCUAGUCUAGGUGAUUUUCUCAGACUAGAAGAUUCUUCUUUCAUGUUUAGUUUGUUUGUCUUUGUUUGUUGUUGUUGUUUUUUUUUUACAAUGACUCCAUCAUGAUGAAAAUAAGACACAGUUGAACACCGUUAUUUCAAGUCUUCAGCAGUUUCCUUAUGUUAAAAUUAGUUUUAAUGUGUUCAUGAGGAUUUCUCGAUAUUUCUGGUUAUCAUGACCUCCAGAUAAACUCAGGUUUACGCGGUAGAGGAUUUUAUUACUACGCGGUGUGUUUGUUGUUAAACUUACUACCUUCAUUAAAUAUUCGUUCAUUUCAAUUUCAUUAUGAACUUCAUAAGAUUAUCGUCGUAAGUGUGUUCGAUUGUACUUUCGGAGGUCGUGACUCUCUUAUAAUCAUCAUCACAGAAAUGAGUUCAGUUGCUUAUUUGUUACAACCCCAUCAAGAUCGUCGGAAGAAACAAGACUUGAAAAAGCCAAAAGUCUCAUCGAAAUCAAUCUUUCCUGAUCAGUAGCCUCUAACGAAGCAGAGGAAUACUUUCCAGCAUACAGGAUGUAAUCAAGUGCAUCUUUCAACUGGAAAAACAGACAGUUCCUUUUUAACGUGGAACGUUUGCGUGGGUGUUCGUCAACUUCCUAUCAACUUUAGCUCCCAUAUAAUAAAGCCAUUCCUUUUUUUCCAUUGAAGUCAGAAGGAAUAAUCUACCUGAAAGCCGGCGGCCUUAAUUGUAGCUUCAAGCAUGGCUAACGUGAGCGUCCAAAAUUUCAGUCAAUCAUUGCAAGGUGACUGCGGAUCGGCGACGUGUGUGUUUUCAAGAGGAGUUCUCACCUUCAUAGUGGUUUCUAUGUUUUCAGUUGCAGCGAUAUCCUUGCUGGGAAACAUUCCUAUCCUGGUCGCCAUUCUCUGUUCUACAAAGCGAAGGAAUAAGUCGAAUUUGUCCACCCUCAGCCUAGCUGUGUCCGAUUUGCUCAUCACGAUAUUCUGCAUACCGUUUGUCACAUUUGAUUUGUUCAUUCUAGACCACUGGAUUUUCGGCCGAGUAAUGUGUCGUGUGGUAACUCUUGUGCAGAAUACUGCUAUGACAGCGUCUGUGUUGAACCUACUGACCAUCACCUGCGAGAAGUUCCUGGCUGUUCGGUUCCCAUUUAAUGUGCGCCUCAGAAAGAAACUUGUUUGCUUUCUUCUGCCUAUGGGGUGGAUCGUUGCAUUGACUGGAGCAGCCUGUUACGCAAGGUUCAAAGAACUUUAUAAAUUUGAUGAUAACACCUAUAUUUGUGGGGAGGACUGGUCGAAUGUUAUUGCACUGAGAAAUACGAAUAUUGUCAUUUUGACGCUUUUUUUCGGUCCUCUAUUCCUGAUUACUUUAUUUCAUUCAAUUACCAUAUAUACUCUGGUCAAAGGAAAGCGAGACCUUCAAUUUCAACUAAACAGAAGUGAGAGGGACUCAUUAAGAAAAGUACUGGUCAAGCACAAACGACAAAGGAAGGCUGUAAAGAUUAUCCUUUUGACUCUGGUAUCCAUUAUUAUCUGCUGGGGGCCAAUGUAUUCUUUCCUCUUGUGCAAAAUGAUCGUCACAUUAUCAAACACAAGAGCAAUCAUCAUCGGUUAUACGGUCUGUAUUUGCUUGCUCUUUAGCCACUGCUCCAUUUUUCCUUUGAUUUACUUUUUCUUGACUCAUAAAGGGAAAGAAACGAUUGCCAUCUGCACUCUUUGCCUAAAAAACUGCACGCUGCGAGGAACAAGUUCUCGCAUGGGAUCCAUGUUGUUAGACAGCUCUAAUUAUCACGGAGGCAGUACAAAGAUCGUCGGGAGCCUAAGGAAUUCCAGUUGGCGAAGGAGUUCUACGCCAGCUUUCACGCCAGGGGCAGAGACACGUUUAUAAAUAAUGCCCGCGAACGUUACAAAGGAUCACGUCAAAGGACUGAUUUGCCACCAACAGAUUAUGGUAAUCAGCUUCAGCACAGAUCGCGACGAAGUUCACCUUAAAACGUAAAAAAUUACAGAAUCCUAAAUUGUAGAAUCGUUUCAAAACCCGAGUUUGCUUUCCGAUCACAACGAGAUACCUUAAGUCCGUUUUCCUUUUUCUUUUUGAUAGACUUAUUCCUCCAUUGGAUGAUUGUUUUACUUUUUUUUUUCAAUUUCAAUAUCCAAAGAAAGCAAAGACGAUCCGUCUCGGAAAGAAUACUUUAAGUCCGUAGUCGGUUUUCCUUUUUCUUUUUUGAUAGACUUAUUUCCACCACUGGGAGAUUGUUGAAUUUUUUUUUUAAAUUUCACUUUCCAAAGAGAGCAAAGACGAUCCGUCGCGGCAACUGAAGAAAAGGCAAAGUAUCUCUAUUCAGUCAUAAGCUUUGUAGGAUAACUUUAAAGCCUUAAGGGUGCAUUUUGUGACACAGUUGGAGACUAAAAGCCCUUAAUUUUGUUUGUGACUAGCCUCUUCAACUGAGAAUCAUUUGCAAAAUUGGCAAUUUGUAUUGUGAAAGGCAACUGAGACAAGAACCAAGGUCAAACUGAAACCAUAGAUUGCACGCGACACUCUCAGAGAUUAAUCAAUAAGUUUCAAAAUUAUAGGAAUUACCUGUUUAUAUAUAUAUAGAUUUCAACGUGGACAUUUUAGCACAGAAUUUCAAGUUACCUCCAGCAGGAGGUAACUUGGUCCCUAUGGGGUGAUAGCUCCUACAGCUAAAGGUUGAAAUUUUGGCCAUUUUACGGCAAACGGUUAAUUUAUUUCCGUUGCUAAUAAAGGAAAAGAAUUACAUGGUCAACUUUUUUUUUAUGAAUUACGGUUUAAUUCGGCAAUUCUUUAUGCUUAACGGCUGAAUGUUUUUACCGUUUAUGGCUAAUGGUUAACCCCAUUGAGACCCUAAGUUAGCGCUUUUGUUUUGAACCAGCCAUUCUUUUUUCUGAUAUCAAAGGUUUCUUUUAUCAUCUGUUCCUAUCUUAAUCUAUCCAAGCUUAUUUUUCGAUGUCUUGUAGCAAAGAUGUACAUUACCUUGCACUGUUUAGCAUAACUUGACUGCAUUACUGACAAAGCUAGAAGCCUCUUCUUGUCAAAUAGACCUUUGUCGUUCGCAGAUACCAAAAGCAGUUUUUAGCCAACGAUAAUAUCGACGCCAGUGAACACCUUGAUUUCUCCUGCGUGUGCAGUAUGGAUUCGUGAUAGUUUUCUUUCCUCCUUUGUUUGAAAUAAAUUUGAUGGAACUUUUCUCACAUAACCCCAUUGAUUGAGGACUUACCUCACAUCGAGUUUUCUGUAGACCAUCAGAGCACGAAAUCGGAAGGCGUGGGACUCGACUGAUUAUCUUGUGGGACUCAGAUUUUCUCUAUUUCCCACGCACGUGGCUAAACGAAUAGCAUGUUGAAGAUGGACCUUGUAUACAAAAUGGAAACUGUGGUGUCAGAUUUUAAGCAAACGUCCUUCAGUGAUGUAAGACGAUGUAUGGUCCAACCCGAAAUGGAACUCACCUUUUUUAUAAGUAAUUACUAUUGACCGCAAUUGCCCAAAAGCAUCACGCUUGUUGUGAUUGAAAAAAAGGCUGAGAGCCUUUACAGAAGUCAAAAUAAGGCCAUGAACAUGAUUAUCCACUUCAAAGGUGAUUGUGCCAAAGAAAAAAUUGAGCUCGGAAUUAAUUCAACAUGAUUCAAAAUGGCGAUAAAUAUUGUAAAGAAAUUUGAGCUCACAGUGCUCUAUGAUUUAUAUAGAAGCGCAUAGCUCGUGUUAUGUAAUUUUUAAGCUUUUUUGGAUCAUGAUCAGAAACAAGGUACAACGUUAUUCUCUUUGAAUUGCGUAAAUAUCCGAAUUCUGUAAGGAUUAAUGCAGUGUUAAUAAUACAUCGUAUGCUGGAAGGUAUACUGUUACUUCGUCGGCUAAAAUCACAAACUUCAUAAAUAAAUCAUCAUUUGUAGUCUGAUUAUUACCAUAAGAAAGAAAUUACCUUCCUCUGAAGCGUAUGUUUAAAAUUUCAUAAUGCCUUUUUACCUAGUUGAUUGAGAAGGACUAGCAAAAUAUUGGCAGAGAAGGUUACGAGGAACGUGUAUGUAAUCACUUAUACGUCCUCUUUGAGCAUUCAUGACUCGUGCGUAAUGUGAGAUCACAUAUAGUAGAAAGGGGAAAUAAAAGCAAACAUAAAUUAGUCAACCAAGAAAAGAGCACGAGAAUAGCUUAAAAUACAAUGUCAUGAUUCUUAUAAGCCCAUUUCAGUUUAAAGAAACUGUAGACUG